CGAAAAUUGUUUCGUGUGGUGUUAUUUUUCAAAUUUAUAAUUGUAUUUUGAUAUUUUACCCAGUGAUUUAACGAUUCGUCUUACGUAAAUAUGUAUUGAGAUAGCGUGCAUACUGUAUCUGGUUGUAGUCUCCCAACGGGUUGACUUUUAAAAGAAUAUUCGACGGUGUGGUUCGAUAGGCCGGAAUUCAAGUACACGAUAUUUCACGAGUUUCUGCUUGGCAUCUAAAAAAGUAGAUAUGUCGACCGAUGCUACUAGUGAUACGACUAAUUCCAGCGAAGAUUCGGCUUCGCAAAGUACAACAACUUCAAAUAAAGUUGAUGAAAGCUUAAAGCAACCGGAUUGCGAGUCUGAUAAUUGUGCCGAAAAUGAAAGUAAUGUGGAUAACCCGGUGGAUAAUGAAGUAGAAAAAAACAGUGUGUCUUCUGUAGCCGAAGAGGCAGGAUUGACCCAUGGAGAAGAAAUCGGAAAUGCAACACCCACCGAUGGUAUAAAUUCGGCAAAUACAGAAACUGAUAUCCAAGAAGAAGUAUUGGAUGACAUCAGCAAAGAAUGUAGCAGUCCUUUGGUCAAAUCAGAACUGGAAGAAAAGUGCGAUGGAGGCCUCAGGGACGAUGAAUUAUAUGAUAAACUUAGUUGCAGUAGUCCAGAACCCGGUGAAUUGCAAGAUGAAGAAAUAUCAGAAAAUUGUAUAAACUCAGAAAACGACGUUCAGGAUAGCGGAGAGAUCGCAAAUGAAAACAUGGAAACUGAAUAUCAACAAAAUAAACUGGAACAGUUGCCGAAUGUCGAGCAUAAACCCGAUAUAUGUAUUAAGGCUGAGCCUGACCUGGAUGGAGCAAAGUCAUUUCUGGAGGACCUCUCAGAUGAUGAAUUGAAUAAUUCAUCUCCGACGAUUAAACAUGAGGUUUCUUCUGAUCCGGAAGAUGAAACAAGCAAGAAAAGUCCAAAGCUGAGCUUUACUGACGAAAAGCCGGAACCAGCGAAAAAGUUAGCUAGUAUUUUUGAAAAAAGAAUCAAGAAGGAAGAGGCAAGUUCCGAAGGAAUUCUCCAGGAGAAAUUGAAACAAUAUUUUGGUCACAGCGAUUUUAAAAGUUCGUUACAAAAGGAAGCUAUUCAAACCAUCAUAACAAGAACACGCGACGUUUACGUUUCGAUGCCAACCGGUUCGGGUAAAUCCCUCUGUUUUCAGUUACCUGGAGUGAUGCAGGAUAACAAAGUAACAAUUGUGUUUUCUCCUUUGUUGGCAUUAAUAAAAGACCAGCUCGACGCCCUGGCUAAACUGAAAAUUCCAGCCAGUUCCAUCAACUCCAAAAUGAGCAAUAAGGACCGUGAGCGAGUGCUGAACGACUUGAAGAGUGUCCGCACGGACAUUCGCUUUCUUUAUAUAACACCAGAGCAGGCAAAUACGGCAACCUUCAAAGAACUUCUCAAAAUGCUAGUCAAACACAAAAAGGUUGCAUAUGUUGUUGUCGACGAGGCACACUGCGUCAGUGAGUGGGGACAUGACUUUCGGCCUGAUUACCUAAAGCUUGGAUCACUACGAUCCGAGUAUCCAUCAAUUCCGUGGAUUGCGCUGACGGCUACUGCUUCCCAGAAAGUGGUUGAUGAUAUUUUCAAAAAUUUGCGACUAAAGGCACCGAUAGCUAAAUUCAAAACACCUUGUUUCCGGCAGAAUCUCUAUUACGAUAUAAUAUUCAAAAAUUCUAUCCAAGAUGACUAUAUUCAUCUACGCGACUAUAUCGAAAGUAUUUUAGAUAAGGACGAUAUUGACAUCAAGCCAAGUAAGAAAGCAUGUGGCAUAAUCUAUUGCCGCACACGGGAAACAACAGAGCGUGUGGCUAAUAGUUUGACAAAGCUUGGUUUAAAAACUGCGGCCUACCACGCUGGCUUGAAACAGUCUGAGCGCGUGUCGGUCCAGGAAGACUGGAUGGACGGGAAAUAUCCAAUCAUUGCAGCCACCAUUAGCUUCGGUAUGGGCGUUGACAAAGCUUCGGUACGAUUUGUCAUUCAUUGGGAUGUUCCACAAAGUGUUGCAGCAUACUACCAGGAAUCUGGGCGAGCAGGGCGCGAUGGGAAAAAAUCGUAUUGUCGGGUUUAUCAUUGUCGCGAUCAGUGUAAAUCGAUUGAUUUUUUGCUCCAACAAGAUUUACAGAAAGCAAAAGACACAGCCAAAGAAGAUAAUGCAAAACUGGCAGUUCGAAAUUUUGAGAAAAUUGUUGAUUACUGCGAAUCGGCCCGCUGUAGACAUAGACUUUUUUCAGACUUUUUUGGUGAUGAUCCCCCAGAGUGCAUUGAUAUGUGUGACGUGUGUUCGAACCCGAAAAAGGUAGAAAAAGCUAUUGAAACCUUUCAGCAACUAUCAGUGUCAGGAAAGCUAAAAACGAAAAUAGGCUUUGAUGACAAUUUCGAGGAUCUUUACGAAGGAGGUCGCAAAGGCUUCGAAAAUGAUUAUAAUGAAAAUGACGAAGCCGGAGACAGUGAUGAUAGAGAAAAAAGGGCUAAGCAAGAGUCUGAACUGCUCAUACAAAAGCAGUUUGCACUGCGAAAAGCUGCUGCCGCGAAAGAUUUAGACAUGCACAAAUCCGCGUCAAUUAGUCGAGUGAAAUAUGCAAUGCAAACAACUGUCAAGGUGAACGGUCUAACGAUUUCUUCCCGGGAAGCUCAUCUGACCCUGCUGGCCGAUUUACUUAGGAAAAAUGUAGAAGCAUGCAAGUCCUCUGACCCUCCGGAACAAGAUCUAGUUUACAAAGACUUUGAAGACAUAGCCGUUGAAAUGGAAUACGAAGCAUUCACAAACAGUACGGUUGCCAGUUUGUACAGGAGGUCUAUAGCUAAACACGUUACCGCUAUCAAAUCGGCUACCUCGUCCGAAAUGCUCUAUUCUGAUUUGAAAAAUUAUACUCCGAAAAUACGUAACUCACACGGCGGUGAAUUCAAAACGAUUGAAGCGGAGCUAAAACGCAAAUACGGUGAUGAAGUUGUAGCCGAAUUACGAGAUGACGACGAGCGACGUUCAAGCGGAUAUAAAGCAAGUAGUAACGGUGAUCGCCGUCGUGGAAAUUCCAAGUUUAUUAGCUCCAACAGAGACGGUAUGAAUCAGACAUCAAUCAAUUCAUAUUUCAGUAAAUUCGAUAGUCGUAAUGAAAGUAGCAAACCCAGUACAUCGACACUAGACGAUGGGGAUUUAUGGGAUAUAGCAGAAGAUGGUGCUGCAAGUACGAGUACCGCAACUCCUGAAACAAAAAAGGACAUUAAGACGAUCGUAUUGGACGAUCAAAGAUCGCCUUCAGUUGAAAUUCUUUCUAGUGACUCAUACUCUCAUAGAUCAAAAGAAUCCAAGGAUGAUUGGGAUCGAAAAGAGCGCAAGUCAAAAAAGAGAAAAUCAAGUACAAGAUCGCGGGAUCCCUCACGAGAUCGCUCAUUGACUCCGCGUGCACGAGACCUGUCUCGGGAAAGAUCUCGAGGAUUUUCGAAAAGCAAAUCGAGACAUCGGUCACGUGAUAGGUCUAAGUCUCGUGAUCGAUAUUCAUAUCGUUCGCGGAGGUCUCGCUCCCGCGACUAUGAAGAAACCCGCAAAAAGCAUAAAAAGUCCAGAUCCAGAGCAGAAGAACAUGAUGAUUAUUAUGACCACAGACCGAAAAAACGAUAUUAUAGUGACUAUGAUGAGAAACCUACUUUGAAACGACCUCCAUCUCCAAUGGAAAGUUACAACUAUUCAAGUUCUAAAAAACGAGUGUCGCAUUACGAUCGCAAAGCCUCGGUGAACACAGACUAUUCUCCUGCUUAUACUAGUACUAGCGCCAAUAGCGGUAGUAACGCAAGAGGUUACAGUAAUUACGAAUCAUCAACUAUUGGCAGCGGCAAAGGGGCCCUAUAUUCAACCGAUGACAUGUGGGAUGAUGAUAGUCCAACUGUUUCGAAGAAAACAGAUUCUUUAGCGGAUCAACUUUUAGACUACAUUGCCCCACCACCUCCACCACCAGUCAAAACACCACCGCCUCCGCCUCCCAACAGUGUCGAGUCGAGUUAUUCUACAGGUUAUUCUAUAUACAGCCAACAGAAUAUGCAACCUGUCUGCAAGCCUCCACCUCCAUCAACUGCACCUAUUUCACCACCAAGAGAAAAACCUGCUUCGAAAAAAGCGUAUGAUUACCUUUUUGAACCUUCUCCCGAGAAAAUGGUCAUUCAAUAUGAUCACAAGAAAACCACGGGCUCUUCAACGAACCUAUCACCUCCGGCUGUACCUAUCGUUCAGAUGAAAUCAUUAACCGCUGCUCAAUACAAUGCUGCCGCCCAAAUACAUGCAACGUUACAGAAGCUUAAUGCCGCUGUUUCUAACGCUACGGCACGCAACGGAACGUCUUCAUCGUCAUCUUCGUCAUCAUCCCUCUCGACGUCAACGGCGGCAACAACUUCAACAGCUUCGAAAAAAUCCUCAACUGUUCUCAACAGUAACAGCAGCAGUAGUAACAACACCAGCACUACCAGUAUAGCAGCGUUGCCACCCUCGAGCAGCACUACUUCCGCAUCAUCCUCCGCGGCCAGUAUUCCAAAGGCGGCGCAUAAUUCUGAAGGGCCGGCUAAACUACAGAACAUACAGAUCGAGCAAGAAAAAGUCUCCAAGAAAAAUCUAGCCGAUGUCGUCAUCCGCUUCCUUAUGCCGUACUACCGCCAGCAGAAGAUCAAAUCGAAGGAGCUAUUCAAGGGGCUCGCUCGAACUAUUUCGCACAAGUUCUACGAUGUGGAAGUUGUCGUGGAUCGCAAAGUGAAAAAAUACAUUGAUGACCUGAUGACUCACAAAGGUGUGAUAGCCAGUGAAGCAGAUUUUCCCCAUUAACGACAUUGUGGUAUCGAACAAAUAGGUCCAUGUAAAUAACCAGAAACGCCGAGUAAAUUAGCCUGUAAACUAGCAUUACACAUAGCGUAGAUUUUGUGCUUAGUUUUUAUCAUCUAGCUUAGCUGGUAGGCAAAUUCUUAAUUUGGGUAACUGGCAAACUAUUAAUGCAGCAGCAACCAGGGGCAACAUGUGAUAGUUGCCUAUCUUGUUGAACAAGAGACAACACCGUUGACGUCGAGCGAGAUGUCAGAGUGUGCGGAAACAGAAUAUAAGAGAUUAUUCUUCCAUGUUUCAUCGGUAUAGCGUAGCGAAGCGUCAAAUAUUUAUUGUUGUUGAGUUUGUUCCUUUCCUUGGAAUUGCAAUAUAGUUUCAUGAUAGUGUCACUGAGCGCGCAGUCUUCUCGUUCAAUAACCGCUAAACAGGAAAGUUUCAGUUAAUACCUUGAUAAGAUAGUAGCAAUUGCCACUAUACAAAAUUUAUAAGAAUAAAUUUCGGCA